AUGAUUCCUAAUUAAAUUCUAUCUUAAAGUCUUUUAAGAGAAGUUAAUAAACCAGAUAAUGAAGGACCAUUUAGUAAACCUACCAUUCCUCAGCCCUCUUUUUAAGAGCGUGAUAUUAUAUCGAGGCUUAAAAAUGAAGAUAAAUUGUUCGAAAGCAUGAAAUUCAAAAACGCUCCCACAAAUAUACAAAAAAUGAAUGAUUUGAUGGACUUAAAACGCAAAAAAGACAUAAAACCAACUGCUGAAGAUGAAGAUUACCAAAAAUUAUUAAAAUAAUUAGAAUAUGCAACUGCUAAAAAUGCACAAUAUAAGCAAGAUAUGAACAUGAUUGAUGCCGCGUUGGAAUAAUUAGACCCUAAAAAGAAAAUACUGAUUGGUACUGAUAUUGACAAGAAAUUUGCUUAUGAAUCCUUGAGAAGCAAGCGCAUGCAAAUCAGAGAAAAAGAAUAAAUAUUUUUGGAUUAGCUUCAGUAAUUCCACGAUUAUUAUUCUUUAAAUGAAAGGAAUAGAAUUGAAAAAGGGAUUGUAAAUGAAGACUUUCUUAAGUCUAAAAAAGAUAAAAUCAGAGACCUUAAACUUAUGCAUGAAUAGCUUGAUUACGAUAAAACUAAUUUUUUAGAUUAAUUUGAUAAAAUUAGGUCUGGAUAUUCUUUAAAGGCUUAGCCAUAUUUCACUGCUGUUGGAGCUUCUACAUUAGGUUUAGGUGGUAAUCCUUCAUAUCUAGCAGUUGACUAUGAUUUAGGAAGAGUUAGGGAUAAAUUGUAAGAUGAAUCACGUAGAAUAGAAAGGAUGAAACAAGAUAAUAUGUAUUAUUAUACCAGGAAUCAUCUACCUGUAGAUCCAGAGGAAGCAUUUGGAUCAAACAAAAUUAAUUUCAAUAAAGAAGUAAAAUAUUUGAUGGACACAAAUAAGUAUGCCCCAUCUACUGAAGAAAAGUACUAAAAAUUAAAGCUAAUUAGAGAAAAUUUAGAAAAAUUAGGAGCUGAAAAAGGAUUGAAUUUCUCAAAAGUCAAGUUAUAGUUUAUUGAAGAAACUCCUGAAAACAUAUAAGAGUAUCAGUAAACGAUUAGGGAUAUUGAAAACUUGAGGUCAGAUUACAUUUAAUCAGGUGGUACUGAUCCUGAAUUUCUUUUAAACCUCCAAAAUCUUGAGCAAUUCUACAAACAAACUCGCUUUAAUCCUAUAAAUAAAGAUAUUUUAAGAUAAUAGCAAGGGCUCCCUGUUUCUAAUGUUGAUCCACCUGGAUUUUACUAUAAUAGCACUGUAAAUGGGGGAAAUCAAUUAAAUUCUUCUUAGUUAUAUAAUUAAUCUGCAGUUAUGCAGAAUAGUAGCUUGGUAUAAGGGAGACAAUUUCCUGGAAUGCAGCCUUAGGUAGCACUUAACUAGUCAUUAGUAGAUCCUUAAGAGUUUAACAAGGAUGAGCAAUCUAUAACUAAUCAUCCUAUUUAUGAAUAUUUGCCUGAAUCGUUCAAAAAAUAAGUUGUAGAAAUGGAAUAAAAAAACAAAAACAUGAAAUAUGAUUUGAGCUCUGUACAUAUGCCUCCUAUUAUAGAUAUCCCUACUAGUCUAGUAGACCCUAGUGCUUUAAAAAAAUCGUCAGUAGGUGGGGAUACGGAUUAUGGUACGGAAGAAUAAAUGUUGAAUUAUGUAAGAGGACAAGAAGCAGAACUCUUGCUUAAUAUGAGCAGAUUAAACCCAAAUUAAGUUGAAUACAGUGCAAAACACUCACAGUUUCUUUAAGUAUAGCAAAUAAAAUCUUCUCUAGAAAGGAGUAUUCUCGAUAAAAAGGUACAAAGUGCUUUAAAAGGAGCAAACCAAUCAAUGAAUCAAUCUGUACUAGGAAAUGUUUCUAUAGUGAAUGGGGGUACAUCAGAAUCAAUGAAUCUAGCUCAUCUCUCCAGAGCUUCGACAAUGUAUAGCCCUAAUGAAGGAUUCAUGCUCAGAUUUGAUUGGAUUGGAUCACUUCCCAUAAAUUAUUCAAAAAUUAAAGUUAAUUUUGGUAUUUUUAGAAAAGGUGAUAAUUUCUUCCCUUAUAGAGAUACUACUUUAUUUUAGACAGAAUAGGAAACUUACAGAUCAAAUAAAUGUAUUAUGCUCUAAAAAGAAGUGAUAAGAGAUGUAUAACCUUUUCCUGAUACAGUUUUAUAUAUAGAAUUUUGGGGAUUCUAGAAUGCAGGUGAGGGGAUUCUGACUAAGCCAGAAGUUAUUGGUUGGAGUAUGCAUGAAAUAUUUGAUUAUAAUGGCAAUAUAAGCCCUGGAAAAUUUAGACUACCUUUUUAUUCUAAAGUCUUUUAACCUAAUGAAAUUUUUAAUGAAGGUUUGCCAUACAUGUCAAAUAGUGCUUUAUUUAUUAGAGUAUGCCUUCCUAUGGACCCUUACUUUGAUGUUGAUUCAACUAUUUUGCUUUAAAAUGAAUAUAGAGUGUAAGAUCUUCAUUAAAGGAAGAAAAAAAUUCUGAAAUUAGAUGAAAAUAGCUAGUAUAUUCCAGAUGUUUCAAAUAGAUAUCUCUAUGGAGGAUAUCCUAUGAAUGAUUCCAAUAUAUAACAAGCUGCUCCAUAUAAAAAUAUAUCCUAUCCAGAUGGAAAUCAAUCUUCUUGGUAAAAUUAAGAUUAAUCCACAAUGGCUCCUAAUAUUUCAAAACCUAGUAUUGUGGUAAAAGACGAAAACUAAAAAGUAUCUGACUUCUCUUAAUUUGGUCCUUAAAAUCCCAAUAAAUCUUAGCAAAACAUCUUAAUUCCAAAUUAACAGAAUAACUCAUCUUAAAUGCCUAAAUCUUCUUUUCAAAUUAAGAGCCCCUAAGGAUCUAAUGCACCAACAAAGAGAAAUUUAUCUAUAGCCCCUUCAAAUAUUAGUGAAAGUAACAAAUAUCCUUCUAGUACUUCCAUAGAAAUACCUGGAACAUCAAAAUUGGAUCCACCUAAAUCUUUAAGAAUAAGACUUCUCAAGCUUUAAAAUGUGAAAACAGAAGUUUCAUCAAUAUAAAUUAGAUCUGUUAUAUUCCAAAAAAAUGAAAUUUUACUAACCAAAAAUAAAAAUCCUUCUGCAGACAAUGUUAAGUUAGAUAAGCUUUAAGUAAAUAAGAAUUAAGAGCUCUAAAUGAAUGUGUAAAUGGAUCAAGAUAUUGAUUGGAAAGAUUUAUUGUAAAAAUAUUCAAAGAGAGAUUUAGAAAAAAUUCUGUUCUACUGUGCCAUAUUUAAAUCAGUUGUUGGAAAGGAAGACGAGCUAUUAGGUUGGUUAGUCUGGCCAAUAUUUAAAAUAGAUAAUGAUUACAAAAUGGUCAAUGCUGGUAUCUUUACAACAAAUAUAUUUAAAAAACCAGCUUAAAAGCCACCUUUUGGAGAGAAAAAAGAAAAAUCUGAGAUCUAGAUGCAGUUUGAAAUAGAGGCUGUUGGUGCCUAAGGCGGCGAUACAAAAAAUUUACUAAGUCUUGCAUCUUCUAAAUAAAUUAACUUAGGGGAUGAUGAUGAAGACAAAUAAUCUCAAUUUAAUCCUCAAUCUACAAAAGUUAUUGAGUAACCUAAAUAUGAUAACAAAAAAAAACUUGUUAUAGACCUGCAUAGCUUAUCAAAAUAUCUAUUAACUAAGAAUGAUUUAUAAUAUAAAAUAGAAGUAGUUAAAGAUUCCUAACCAAUAGCUGAUGAAAAUGGACACAAAUGCAUAGAAUAAUAAGAUAUUAGGAUUACAGAUAAAGGCAAAGAGAAAUGGAAGUUUGAUUAAGAAUAAAAAUUUGAAAUUGGAUAGAUCAACUUAAUGAAUAACUUCACUGACAACAGUCAUUCCAAAGGAUUUAUAAUUAUAUCUGUCCUUACUAAAGGAAAGGGUGAUUUAAUAGGUUUAGUUAAAGUGCCUCUAUUUUAAAAUAACUCUACUAAUUUGAAUGAAGGUAGAAAUAAAACAGAGUUGGUAAAAAUUGAAAAAAAUGGUACUGAGAAGCCUUAGAAAUACAUUCUUGACUAUUCUAUAAAUUAUAUCAAUAUUGAUGAAGCCAAUUAAAAAGUAUAUGAUCCAAAUAAAGGAAUAAGAGUUAAACUUCAUGAGUUAUCUAACUAUAGAGAGAAAUAUGAUGUAACAUAUUAAUUCCAUGCUAUGAUAGGCAAAGAAAAGUUAAAAAACAAUUUUGGUUAACCAUGUGAAGUUUUUGGAUAAGAUUUUAUAGCAAGAGAUGAAAAAAAAAAAAAUGUGAUGCUUGAUGAGAACUUUUUUGUUCACUUAGAUUUAGGAAAAAUUUAGGAUUUUUAUAGAAAAGAAUUGGAUGAGAUAUAUAUUUUGUUUGAAAUUGUUAUUGAUAAAUCUGUCUAAGGAACUAAAGACAAUGAAGAAGACUUUGCUUGGUACGCACAUCCUCUGUUUAUUGAUUCCAAACCAAAUUUAGGACGCUUUAAUGUUUAAUUAUACAAGCUGCCUAAAGAAUUAGAUAAUUAACCUAUCAAUCCUUUAAAAAUGAAAAAAAUGUUAAUAAAAUUUGAUUUCGAAAUUAUAGAGUAAACUGGAGAUAAUGAAAACCAGUCAGCUCCAUAAAGUAAUGUUUAGCCAGAUAGAAAAUCAAAUAGAAAUCCUACUGUUAAUAUUAAUGAAUUAAAUAAUCAAAGUAAAAUUAAUAAUAAUCCUGAUAGCAACAAAUUCAAUAUUUUUAUUGGUUCAAUAAAUAAAAUAAAAUUCAAAUAAAAAGUUUAAUCAAAACUUGCAAUUAUAUUUAAAGAUGACAUAUUUAAGAACGACAACGGAUAACCAACAUCAUUUACAGGAGAAUUCACAUAACCUAUGGGAGAUAGUAUCUAAUUUGAUGAAGAAUAUGACAUAGAUUUAGAUUUAUAAGUGUUAAAAGCUAAAUACCCUAAAUAGUUAGACUAAUUUUAUUUCUUUGUUAAUUUUAUUGAUGAAAAAUCUAAAUCUGUUUUGUGGUUUUCAGGAAAUAUUUUUAAAGAUGGUGAUUUGAGAGCAGGUGAUUUUACUGAAAAUUUAUAUGAACCGCCUAUAAUAGCUAAAUUAAGCUAAGGUACUAAAAAUGCUAAAAAAUCUACAUCUCAAAUAGAAUACAGAGUAGCUAAAGGUUUUGGAGAGGAUUCAGGAUAUGAAGAAAAUUGA